CUUCCGGUUGUCAGAAUUCCCUUAACACCGAGAGGGCCUAGAAGGAGCUGUGCGGCUCGAGGUCGCCGUGAUCCCGGUGGUGUUGGGCCCCGGGAGGGCUCGCCUCAUUCUGUCCCGGCUGCGAUGCAUCCGCGACGCCCGGACGGAUUUGAUGGCUUGGGCUACCGGGGUGGCGCCCGGGACGAGCAGGGAUUUGGAGGCAGCGGCGCUUUCCCUGCAAGGUCCUUCAGCACUUCGUCGGACCUGAGCCACUGGGUGACCACUCCUCCGGAUAUCCCGGGCAGUCGCAACCUGCACUGGGGCGAGAAGAGCCCGCCCUACCCCGCUCCGGUCGCCUCUACCCCGCUCGAGGGGCCAGUAGAGGAAUUCUUUCCCGGUGGCGGAGGCGGCAGCGUGCGGGGACAGAGCAGCGAACAGUUGAAUAGAUUUGCUGGAUUUGGUAUUGGACUUGCAAGUCUCUUUACAGAAAAUGUAUUGGCUCAUCCUUGCAUUGUUCUACGCCGCCAAUGCCAGGUUAAUUAUCAUGCCCGGAAUUAUCAUCUCACUCCAUUUACAGUCAUCAAUAUUAUGUACAGCUUUAACAAAACUCAGGGACCAAGAGCCCUUUGGAAAGGAAUGGGUAGUACAUUUAUUGUCCAGGGAGUCACACUUGGAGCAGAAGGAUUAAUCAGUGAAUUCACACCUUUGCCAAGGGAGAUUUCACACAAAUGGAAUCCUAAACAAAUAGGAGAACACCUUCUACUGAAAUCCCUAACUUAUGUGGUGGCAAUGCCUUUUUAUUCAGCAAGCCUAAUAGAGACAGUACAGAGUGAAAUAAUUCGAGAUAAUACUGGAAUUUUGGAAUGUGUUAAAGAAGGAAUUGGAAGAGUGAUAGGCAUGGGAGUGCCUCAUAGCAAACGACUACUUCCCCUUCUUUCCUUGAUCUUCCCUACGGUGCUGCAUGGAGUUCUUCAUUACAUAAUCAGCUCAAUCAUUCAGAAGUUUGUCCUAGUAAUUCUAAAGAGAAAGACUUAUAAUAGCCACCUAGCUGAGAGCACUAGCCCUAUGCAGAAUAUGUUGGAUGCUUAUUUUCCUGAACUAAUUGCUAACUUUGCUGCCAGUCUUUGCUCUGACGUUAUACUUUACCCAUUGGAAACAGUUUUGCACCGCCUUCACAUUCAAGGAACACGCACAAUAAUUGACAAUACAGACCUGGGCUAUGAAGUGCUUCCAAUUAAUACACAGUAUGAGGGAAUGAGAGACUGUAUCAAUACAAUCAGGCAGGAGGAAGGAGUGCUUGGUUUUUAUAAAGGGUUUGGUGCUGUUAUAAUACAGUACACACUGCAUGCGGUUGUUUUACAGAUUACCAAAAUUAUUUACUCUACCCUUCUUCAAAAUAGUUUUUGAGGUUUAGGUUCCAUCACUAGUCAAUCCUGAAAGCAUAAUCUGGAUACUUUGCUAUGAAACCAUGAAGAAAAAAAUGUGAAAUACUAGAAAAAAUUAAUCAGAAAGUAAAACUGGUAGAAAAAGCCCAUGCUGAUUAUAUUAAUACUCUUCAUUUUUUAAGGUGUGGGUAUAUAUUUUGGAUCAAAUUAUUCCAAAUUUGAAAACUCACCAAAAAUAAUACUCAUACAAAUUAAAUUCUAGCUUUUGUAGCACUCAUGCUGAACUGAAAAAUAAAUAUCCUGGGCUGAAGCAAAACUUUGUUAUCAAAUAUAAAACAAAAUUGCAUAGAGCUGAAUCUCUUCCAUCUGACUUUAAUAUUAAUUACAUAUUUAUAUCACCUUCUGGACCGAUAUUGGUAUAGCAUCGUAAAUACAGUGUACAAUAUCAGCAGGUCAUAGUUUACCUUUAAGCAAAUUAAUUAUGUCAUCAAGGAAAAAGACUCAAAGGAUUAGAUUUGACAAUCUGUAAGUGGGAACUUAAGAGUUUUAAAUAGCAUUGCCCAUAAAUAACAAUUUUUAAUGGCUAUGUAUGUAUUAUAUAAAGCUAUUUAUAUAUACAAACAUAUAACUUGGUAUUUCCUUCAUCCCUACAGAUUCUCUUAUCUUAUAUCAGCUUAUUGCAUAAAAUGAAGCCAUGCACUUUCUGCUUGAAUGUCACCAAGAAUAAAACAUUAAAAGCAAAGGGACCCAAAAAAUUUAAAUUGAACAUAGCAUACUUACCAAUAUGCAAACCCAGU